CCACAAUCAAAUCUGGUCUGUCCAUGCUUUUAUAUACAGAGAAUGCAAAACAAUGAGGAAACAUAUAGCAAGACCCGUAGCACCGGGCAGCACCCAUCAGGAGUUCACGGAAAGAAAUCUCCACGAUUACCUAAGUGUGCCCGAUGCAGAAAUCAUGGAUAUGCUUCUCCUCUGAAGGGACACAAGCGCUUCUGUAUGUGGAGGGAUUGCCAGUGCAAAAAGUGCAGCCUAAUAGCAGAGAGACAACGGGUUAUGGCAGCACAGGUUGCGUUGCGAAGACAGCAAGCCCAGGAAGAGGAGCUAGGAAUAAGCCAUCCUAUCCCUUUGCCCAUUGCAGCGGAGUUGCUGAUAAAAAGGGAACAUGGUGGUAGCAGCUCUUGCUUGAUGCUGGAAAGCAGUUCCACACAGACAACCAGCACACCCACUUCAGGUUCCACAAACAGUUCAGACGGCAAGAUGUUAAUUCAAGACAUACCUUCCAUCACCAGCAGAGGGCAUAUGGAGAGCACAUCUGAACUGGUUAUGGACUCCCCUUACUACAGUAAUUUCUACCAACCUCCACUUUAUCCCUACUACAACAAUCUGUACAAUUACCCUCCAUACCAAAUGGCUAUGACUGCUGAAUCUACCAGUGGCAACGACAUGGGAGGAAUAAGUGGGCCACCAAUGAAAAGUAGUCACAGAAACCAUCCAGCUGCUUAUGUCCCUAGCCAGUCAGGAAAUCAGUGGCAGAUGAAAAAUGGAGACAAUCGUUUCUCAGGUCAUAGCACAAGCUCACAAUUCCGGAUGCAUUCCUACUAUUCUCCUUACUUGGGACAGAGUGUACCAAACCCAGCUUGUGUCCCAUCAUUCCUCACUUUUGAAGAGAUUCCAUCUUAUUCUGAGGCGAAGGCAAGUGUGCUUUCUCCACCCAGCAGCCAGGAUUCUGGAAUUAUUUCCCUCUGCAGCAACUCCCCGGUUAGCAAUGAGAGUACUAAAGCUGUAGCAAAACAGGAGCCUAACUCUGAGUCUUCAGCAUUUACUAUCACUGCAGCUGCUGAAGAUGGAGAAUAGAAAGAUCUUGGUGGGCAACCAGAUUUCAGAAACAUCUUCACCCAUACAUAUAUUACAAAUGGCAGCCAGAUUUUCUGUAAGAUUUUCUGUUAACACAAGAUUGGUUGUAAUCAUUGGGAUAUGCAUUAGAAAUCAAGCAGUUUGCCAUUUUGCUUUUACAUGUAGGUGCUUGGUUUUGUUUAUCAUUUUCUGUUUUCUCUGAACUCAAGGAGGAAUUUGGUUGCCGUAUGCACCAAAAGCUUAAUGUUAAAGUUAAUCCAAUGAAACAAUUGUUUAGAAUAAGCCUUUCAAAAUCUUUAACUGGACAAAUGGCAUGAUAAAGUUACUUAACAGAUUAAUAAGGAGGCAACAUGUGACGCCAGACUGUGAUAACUCAUAUUCAAACAUUUCGAUCUUGAAUACAUAUAUUCUUCAUGUUUUUUUUGUUUUUUUUAAAAACGCGCCUUCUGGUAUCCAAUCAAUAAAGCAUCGCUUUUAUUCUCAGUAAAGUUUGUAAAAGCAUUACAGCACACAGGCUUAAACUAUAUUUCAGACCCCUUAGGUCCUUACAAUUAGACAGAUCAGUGUGUGCACCAAAAUACUGUAUGAUGGCUUGAUUAGAUAUUGGCAUUUUAUGUGCUAAGCAGGGACUACUCACACAGGGCAAAUCACAUAGCAUAGCUGUUCUUUUAAUAUGCUUCAUGCAACAUACUGAUCAAAGCUUAUUACUGAUUGGUUGCUAUAGGCUUCUGCCCUGGUGCAAGUUUGCAGAGUUAUUAAAGAAGCCCUAAUUGUAUUAAAGCUGUACAACAUCUUUAGCUUUGAUUCCAGUGCUUUUUCUGUGUUCUGAGGUUUUACACGUUACUAACAAUAUGAUACAUUUUUACAAAUUCUGAAUUUUAAUCAUAGAACCUCACAUGCUUUGCAUUGAUCUUGUGUUUGAAAUGAAAUACAUCCAGCAAAUGUCCCUUAGCUGCUGGCGUUUGUUUAAAUGACUUUUGUUACAAGAACCAACCUGGAACUAACCAAGGAAGAGAAUGCACUGUUCUGUUUUGUUGCAGCUGAACCUAAAAAAAAUAAAAUGUUAUUGAUG